AUGGCCGAUUCUGGUGACGUGAACUACCCAAACACCGGUAGCCCGGUUGUCAACACUGUCAAAUCCGAGGUCAACAAGACCUCUGGAGAGCUCCAAGACUUGAAGAACUCCCGUGUUACCCCUUCAACUACCACCGACAAUGGCCAGCCUUUGACCCACUACCACUCCCUUUUGUACAGCCUUUUGAGCUGGGAACAACCACGCGCGACCGCCGUUUCCUACCUCAGCAUCAUUAGUUUCAUCUUUGCCGCCCGUUACCUGCCCCUCCUCCGCUGGGCCUUUAAGUUUUUGUACAUGUCAUUGGGAUUGACUGCCGUCGUGGAGAUUGCCGGUCAAUUUAUUCUUAGACAAGGCAUUGCUAGCUCGUUCCGCCCUCGCCGAUACUAUACCAUCCCCAAGGAAACCCACGAGGCUGUGCUCGAGGACGUCUCUCAGUUGGUGGACUUCUUCCUGAUCGAGUUCCAGCGUGUUCUGUUUGCCGAGAAUGUUGUCCACACCGUUGCAGCUUUCACCGCAGCCUUCCUCGGCUACUGGCUGAUCCGAUUCGUUCCGGUUUGGGGAUUGUCUGUGAUCGCAGUGACCACCGCCUACUUUGCUCCUCUUGUGUAUAUCAGCAACCGCGAGAUCAUCGAUGAGCAGGUUAAGAACCUCCAGGAUAUCAUCACUGCUCAGACCAACCAGUUGAAGGACCUGGCUGGUGAACACACUUCUCACGCUACUGGCUUGAUGAAGCAGUAUGUCGGUGACUACAGCAACAAGGCCCAGGAGUACAUGGGUCGCCGCUCUGCCUCCCCCGAGAUGGCCAAGGCUCCCGUCCCUGUGAAGCCCGAGCCAGUUGCCGAGCCCGCCAUCAAGACCGAGGACUUCCCUGAAGCCCCUAAGGUUGAGCCUGUUGACGAGGUCGUUGAGUCAGUUGAGACAGCCCAAGAGCGGGAACCUCUUCUGGCCGCGUAA